UUUGGUCUAAAAAGUAUCUGCAAGUAAAUUUAUACCAAAAAUGCCGCAGUCAGGCUGCACUAGAGAAAUGUUGUUGGUCUUCGUUUUCAAUCGUGUCGUUUGCUUUGCUUUAGUCGUCUGAAAAAGAAUCGAAAAAUGAGUUUACAAUAAAUUUAUAAACAGAGUUCAAUUUUUUCACUUUAAACGAAAGCAUUUUAAUCAACACAUAAUUACGUCGACCUUUUUUUGUGAUAUGUUUUUCUGCUGCAGUUGAAAAAUAGAAGAAAAGUAACACUGCAAGAAUUAUACUUUAAAGAAUUCGAUUGGAGUAUUUAGAGUGAACAAACACACUUCAGUAAUUCUUUUAAAAAAAGUAUAACAUUUAAAUAAUGGCAAAAGUUGCAAAAAAUAAUAUCCUUCAACGAUUCAAGAACUUAAAAUGUUUUAAUCCCCUGAAGUUUAAACCGCAUAAAAGGGAUUGCAGUAAAUUAAGACGAGUUUCAGAUAAAACCUUGCUCUCGUUGCGAAUACCAUUGACAAAAAAUAAUCGGGAGAAAAAAAUAUGUAACAGUUGCAGAUGGAGACUGACGAAAUGGUCUAAGAAUAAUGUGAAUAAGAACAAUGAAGGGGGUACAUCCACAAACAAUAGCCCUUCGUCGAGCGAGGGAAUUAUUCAACCAUCAAGCAGUAGCAGUUCAGCUGUGUACGAAACUAAAGUCGUAAAAAAUGUUCUCAGUCCGUUAAAUUCUCCUAUUAUAUCAAAAACACGUAAACGACAGCAAUAUUCAAAUCGAAAAAAAAAAAAUAUACCUGAAGCGAUUACGCAUACAACUUUCAAUAUUCCUACCGAUGAUUCCAACGAUAGUUGGUUGAAUGAUUCCGUUGGAAGCAGUAGCAGUUCAGCUGUGUACGAAACUAAAGUCGUAAAAGAUGUUCUCAGUCCGUUAAAUAGACCACUCUGCCUAAUAAGCAAUUCCCCUAUUAUAUCAAAAACACGUAAACAACAGCAAUGUUCAAAUCGAAAAAAGAAAAAUAUGUCUGAAGCGAUUAAGCGUACAACUUUCAAUAUUCCUACCGAUGACUCCAACGAUAGCGAUGAAGAAGACGAACCAACAUCAAUUUUGAAGAAUCUACAAGAAAAAUUUAAUGGCACACGAGAUAGAACUAUGAAAAUAAAAAUAUUGAGUAUUGUGCAUAAUUGGUCUUUCAAAAAAAUAACGACUCACUUUCCAAAUGCUACAAAGCAUAUGAUUACUGUAGCAAAAAAAAUUGCUUCAGAGAAAGGUAUUUUAGAAGACUAGGCUAACGAAUGCUUGUUAGAUAUUGUGGGCCGUGACAUUAUUGUGACAUUAAAAGACUAUGAAGCUGGUGAAAACAAGAUUAGGCAUCAUUUUGAAGCAGCUACAUUAGUGAUGGGGUUAUUAAAAUAUCACUGCUUUAUUCCCGGUUCGGAAAAAAAUUGUAAUGGCAAAAAUGAUUUCUUCGUCAGACGUUACAGAUUAUGCAUCAAUAAUGAUAUAAGUAUUAAUAAAAUCAGAAAA